CCCAGGCUCCAGGAUUCAACAACACCAAGCAUGUCGAGUUCGGAAGCCCUUCAUCUUCAUGUAGCUCUCCUCCCUAGCGCUGGCAUGGGCCAUCUCACACCCUUCCUUAGACUUGCUGCACUGCUCGUGCAGCACCACUGCCAUGUCACCCUCGUCACCACCCACCCCACCGUCUCACUCGCCGAGUCUCACUUCGUCUCCCGCUUCCUCUCUGCUUUCCCUCAAGUCUCCGAGGUGCAAUUCCACCUCCUCCCUUUGGACCUUUCCUCACCCAAAUCUACCGACCCCUUCUUUCUCGGAUUUGAAGCAAUGCGUCGCUCGGCUCACCCGCUUUCUCCUCUCCUCGCCUCACUUUCUCCACCUCUCCAUGCUCUCGUCUUUGAUGUGACUUUGAUUUCCUCCGUCAUUCCAAUUACUGAAGCCUUACAUAUCCCUAGCUACAUCCUCUUCACAUCAUCAGCCAGGAUGUUGUCUUUCUUUUCAUACUUCCCCACCUUUGCAUCCAAUGCUACCGACGAUUCAGCUCAAAUUCCAGGCCUUACACCAAUACCCAGAUCCUCAAUCCCUCCCCUGCUUCUUAUCUCAGAUAAUCUCUUUGCUAACAUAUUCAAGGAAGACAGUCCUAAAGUUCCAAAAUUAAAUGGGAUUGUAAUCAAUUCGUUUGAAGGGCUUGAAGCAGAGUCACUAGAGGCUCUUAAUGGCGGAAAAGUAAUUGAGGGGUUUCCAUCUUUAUUUGCCGUCGGACCUUUCGCGGCAUGUGAGUUUGAGAGAGGAGAGUGCGGCGAUCAAUUGAAGUGGCUCGAUGAGCAACCGAAUGGGUCGGUGGUGUAUGUUAGCUUUGGUAGUCGGACAGCCAUGUCGAGGGAUCAAACAAGAGAGAUAGGGAAUGGGUUGAUCAAAAGUGGGUGUAGAUUUUUGUGGGUGGUGAAGGACAAGAAAGUUGACAAGGAGGAAGAAGAGGGCUUGGACGAGAUAGUGGGGCGUGAGCUGAUGGGGCGUAUGAAGGGGAUGGGAUUGGUGGUGAAGAAUUGGGUGGACCAAGGAGAGAUACUGCGUCACAGAGCUGUGGGGGGGUUUGUGAGCCAUUGCGGAUGGAACUCGGUGGUUGAGGCUGCUUGGCAUGGUGUGCCGAUUUUAGGGUGGCCCCAACAUGGGGAUCAGAAGAUUAAUGCGGAGGUGGUGGAGAUGAGUGGGCUUGGGAUGUGGGUGAGGAGUUGGGGAUGGGCAGAGCAGGUUGUUGUAAAGGGGGAAGAGAUUGGAGACAGAAUUAGAGAGAUGAUGGGGAGUGAAUUGUUGAGGAGGAAAGCUGCAGGGGUUAAAGAAGAGGCAAGGAAAGCUGUUGGAGAUGGUGGAAGUUGUGGGAUAAAUCUUACGAGACUUUUUCAAGAGUGGAAGAUGAGGAAUAUGAACAUUUGA